GUCUUGCCAAGGUGAAGAACAAAACAGUGAGGACAUAUCCCUCUCUCUCUUUCUCUCUCCCAAAUUGGAAGACUAUAGUAUGAAUGAAUUUUGAAUGCAUGAUAAUUGUUAUCUGAAUAUUGUGUCAAGCAAUAAUCAGCGGGAAACAUGCUGCAAACUGAUUCAGUCUAGACCCAAUGUCAUAUCGAGCAUGCAAAUUUAGUAGAUUAGAUUCCAGAGGCAGCAUUCAGUGAGGGAAUUCACUCCAGCAAAAGAAGAAGCUUUUGCAUAUUGGAAAAAUAUCUGUGCUUUUUAGCUGGUUGUCAUGGGUUGUUUUCCAUUUUCCUAGGAGUGAGUCUUUAAGUUUUUUGACUGAAAAUUUCAGGGGAAGACUGGGUGAAGGACAAUAAAAGAGUGGAGCAAACUGAUAGGUAGAUUAUGGUCUUUGCGGUUGUCAGAUGAAUUCUAUGGACAAGAUAAUUUAUUGUUUCUUUUUUUCUCAAAACCCAUUUAGGAAUUUUCACUCUUUCCCCUUAAGAUUCCAAAACUUCUUAAGCCUUCUUUGCCAGGGUUCUGAUCCUCCAAGUGUUUGUUUCUUUCCUUUCCUGUCUACAUCAAACCGCCUUGCCACUUUUUUAUAUUUUGGCCUUCUUUCUCUCCCUUUGUGUUAGCUUAUAAGGCCAGACUUCCCCUCUUUAGAUUCCACAACAAAGUGCUUCACAGAGAAUACAUAUCUCCCCCAAAUUUACCUUAAACACUUCCGUUUUUAUUUUCUUUCUUUGCUAGCUAUAGCCAGCCUUCCUCUUCUCUUCUCCCAUGACUGGAAAAAGAAACCAAACCAGCAGCCCCAUCGGCAGCCCAUCUUCCGGGAACAUCUCGGACAGUUCUUCCAAAGAACAAGACCGUUUCCUUCCCAUAGCUAAUGUAAGUCGAAUCAUGAAAAAAUCCCUCCCAGCAAAUGCAAAAAUAUCCAAAGAAGCCAAAGAAACUGUCCAAGAAUGUGUAUCCGAGUUCAUCAGCUUCAUCACGGGUGAGGCUUCGGACAAGUGUCAGAGGGAAAAGAGGAAAACUAUAAACGGUGAUGACCUUUUGUGGGCUAUGACAACGCUGGGAUUUGAGAAUUAUGUUGGACCUCUCAAGGUUUAUCUCAACAGGUACAGGGAAACUGAAGGAGAGAAGAAUUCCAUGGCUAGGCAAGAAGAUCAGUGCGCUGCUACUAAUCCUGCAAUCAACCAUGGUGGUGCUAUUGAAUUCAACAAAGUAAAUGCAGCUAUGUCAGCUAGGGGUACAGAUCAUUUCCAGGGCUAUGGCAAUGGCUUCUUUUCGCUUGGGGCUCAAGGUACACAUCCACACAACUAUGAAGAUGGUGGAAGAGGGAUCGGCUAUGGAGAGAGUUUGAUGACAGCAGGUGCUUUCAACGCAAACAGGAUUCGAGAAAAUGGAGAUGGAAAUGGCAAUAGAACCAUGGCAGCUCAUCUUCACAGGGUUGACUGGUAGCAGUUGCAAAUCAAAUUAUUAGUUUUUUUCCCCAUUAUAUAUAUAUAUAUAUAUAUAUUUAUAUGUUUAAAGUUUGUUUUUGUUUCUUCAAUUUGAUUUAACUAUCUAAUGAAUAUAUAUAAAACUUUAUCAGAGAUUCUCUUACUAAAGUACAAUCAAAGAGCAGGAAAUCUUAGUUUCAGAGAAUUUCAGUU